UGUAUUACAGGUCAUCACAUUGAGUUUGGACACGGCAUCAAAUCAAAGUCCCACUAGGAGCCAAAUCGCUUCAGCCACCAAGUUUUUACCAACCAAGUUCCUUCUUUCUGAAAACUGAUUGCUGCAAAAACAAACACCCCUUAGGUUUGAAUUUGAUCACAACAGCAAAAAAAAUGUCUCACUCUGUGUUUCAAAUCAUGCCUAUGGAUAUCCGUACCUCCUCCAAACCUUUAUUGCCACUGCCGGCCGUACGGCGAGCUUUUCCGUUUAAAACUAAGGCGUCACAACUUUUAUGGCGAGCUUUUCCGUUAAAAACUAGGGCGUCACAACAUUUAUUGCCGGCCGUUGGGCGAGUUUUUCCGUCAAAAACUAACGUUAUCAAGGCGUCAAUUGAUUCUCGGUCUUCUGUGAUGUACGCUCCGGUAAUGAAAGGGGAAAAGUACGGCGCUCUUGGUGCAGAUACGUUAGAAAUAUCGAAACUUGGUUUGACCCAGACACAGACGAAUUCUAGCCCUGAGCCCCAGCUUUCGACUGAUGGAGGAGGUGGAAAUAUGGGAAAUAAUGUCAAUCUUGGUGGUGGUGGUGGAGGCAGUGAGGGUGGUGCUGGAGACGAUGAUUACUUUGAUGACUUUGAUGACGGUGACGGGAGAUAUAUGCAUAUAUUUAUUUCCGGGUCAUUUCUUAAAGUAUUAUCAAGGGCAUAUAUUCGCAGGAUGGUUGCAGAUCCAACAUUUUUGUACAAGCUGCUUCUAGAGCAGGCCGUUACAAUUGGUUGCUCAGUUUCAUGGGAGAUCAAAAACCGUAAGGAAAGGAUCAAGCAGGAGUGGGAUCUUGCCCUUCUUAACGUGCUUACUGUAAUGGCUUGCAAUGCUAUUGUCGUUUGGUCGCUUGCUCCUUGUUACUCAUUUGGAAACAAAUUCUACUUUGAUUGGCGAAAUAGGUUACAAAUUCUUCCAAACAAUAUCUUCGAGAAGAGUUAUCUACUAAGAAAAUUUGACUUGCAGAAGAGAAUUCAUUCUUUUUUCUAUAAGGCUGUGGAACUGUGUAUGGUUGGACUCACUGUAGGAGCUGUCCAAGGGUCUCUAUGGAAACUUCUUGCCGCUAAAAAGGAGGGAAGGUUGUCGGUGACUACCCCAUGUGUGAUCAAUUAUGCACUUGGUUAUGGUGCCUUUCUUGGCCUUUACACAAACAUACGUUAUCAGCUUUUGUGUGGAUUUGACAGAAACUACUUUGGUAUUAUUGGCUUGGCUCUUUUCUUCAGCAGCACUGCCUUGAGGGUCUUGAAUGUUCAAGUAGGAGAGGCAUCAAGGCUAGCUUGGCUUGGUAUAGAGGUGGAUCCACUGGCCCAUUCAGAUGAUCUCUUGAAGGCUUGUAGUCGACCCACCGAGGGUCUUGAUCAGCCUUCUUCAGAAAGGUUCACAUCCUAGAAUUGCCAUUGUUUUCGAGCUUGGGCUUCUUGGGAUCAAACUGACUAGUCUCCUGAGGGCGAAACAACAGAUCCUACGGCUCGAAGAAAAAGAAUAGUCAGGAAAAAAGUAACGAGUAGCCGUCAUCGUUCAAUUUUGCAGCCUGAGAAUUAGUUUUUGGUUGGAGCACCAAAUGAAGACAGCUGAAAAAUGCAAGUUUUAUCAUGAGCAUUGCCAUGUGCACUAUAGCAGAAGAUGAUUAACUUUAUUAGGAUCCUGGGGGAGCUCUCUUAAACAUUUCCUCAUUCAUUUCUAGAUCAUAGUAAGUUAGUGAAAUAUGUGAGAUUAUUUUGGUUGAAAGAUAUUGUGCUAUCAGGAAGAGAAUUGAGACUGAAGUUUGUAAAUCACUUUCAGCAGUCAGGAGUAGGUGUUUUGCUUUAGUAUAUCUUGCCAUUGUCUAC